AAAAAAAGGUAGCCGGCUGCCGGACUUUGCAAAUAGAAUGCUGCACUAGGAAGCGCUCUCUCCCUCUCCUGCUAAAAAAAAAGAAUGGAGUUCAUCGACGACUACGAUGAAAGCAGACCCAAACUCAUCUACCAAUCUCGCCCCCAACCUUCUUCAGCAGCCAUUGAUACACCUCAAAAUUCGCAGAAAGACAAGCCCAUACUCAUCCUCUCACUCUUCUUCUCUCUCCUUUUUCUAGCUUCAUCCUUCUUCUUUUUCUCCCAAUCUCAAAUUCUUCAACCACUUUUCCUCUGGUUCUCUCUUUCUCUCCUCGUUGGUCCCUUCGCUCCCCUCUCUUUCACUGGCGGAGAUAUUCGAGUUGGUCAAGGAAGAAUCCUUGACCUUCCCCCUCAAUUUGACGCCCUUGAUCUUGAUGAAUCCAAGAAAAAAGUACCCAAUAAAAGAAACCGAGGAAAAAGAUCUGAUAUUGAUGGGGUAAGCGUUAAUUCAUCUUCUGAUUCUCUCAAGAACAGUGAAAUUCCUGGGAAUUUUGAGGGUUUAGGGGCUGAUUUGAAGAAAAAUGAUAAAGGGUUUGUUGGUUUGGAGGCGAAUGUUAAUGGGGUUGUAAUUGAGGAGAAAGAAUGGAGUGAAGAUGAUUUAGGAUUGUUGAGGAAACAAAUUUUGAAAUACCCAGUUGGAAAACCUAGGAGAUGGGAGGUUAUUGCUGAGGUUUUUAGGGGUAGGCAUAGUGUGGAGAGUGUGAUCAAUAAAGCGAAGUCGUUGGGCAAGGAGAAACCGGUUGAUUCGGAUUCGUAUUCGAAGUUUUUGAAGGACCGGAAGCCGGUUGAUAAGAAGAUAGAAGGUGAAAAUGUGGGUUUGGUUAAUGGGGAAAGUAGUGGAGAGGUGAAUAGUUGGAGUUCUAAUGAAGAUAUUGCUUUACUUAAUGCAUUGAAAGUAUUUCCUAAGGAUGUUGCAAUGAGGUGGGAGAAGAUUGCUGCUGCUGUUCCUGGGAAAUCUAAAGCUGGUUGUAUGAAAAGAGUUUCUGAAUUGAAGAAGGAAUUUAGGAGUUCCAAAGCUUCCACUGAGAGCUAGUUUAUGGGUUAAUGUUUUUGAAUUGGUGGCAAUACUUAAACUAGAUGGGCUGAAAAGUCAAUGGAGGGAGUCAACAGCUUUCGCUGCAGCUGCCAAUUCGAGGCCCCAUAUUUGGGAUGCACACAGCACACUGCUUUGUGAAGUCUCUACUGUCUAUUGAUGUACGUUCCACCCCUGAUAGGAGCAGUUAGAUUGUAUAUUGAUGCUGGAUUCACAGCUAAAUAGCACUAAAUAAAAACAAAAAAUAGCACUAUCUUCACAUUCCUUAAAUUGCUUGACAGUUUUUUUC